UUUUUUUUUUUUUUAGAAACCUGUCACUGCUACCACGUCGAUCCUGGACGACAGCAUGGAAUUUAUUCGUGCAGAAAUCUUGGGGACUACGUUCGAAACCACCAGCAGAUACGCAAAUGUGCAACCGGUCGGUUUGGGUGCGUUCGGACUUGUGUGUUCCGCAUAUGACCAAAUAACUCAGCAACAUGUCGCCGUCAAGAAGAUGAUGAACCCCUUUGCCAACUCUUCCAUUGCCAAGCGGACGUACAGAGAGGUCAAACUUCUGAAACAGCUGCGCCAUGAGAAUCUUAUUGGCCUGUGCGAUAUCUUUAUCUCUCCACUAGAGGACAUAUACCUGGUAACGGAACUCCUGGGCACUGAUCUCAGCCGACUUUUAAGGGCAAGGCCCCUCGACAAUAAGUUUGCUCAAUACUUCAUGUACCAGAUACUGCGCGGACUAAAAUAUAUCCACUCUGCCGGCGUCAUACACCGUGAUCUGAAACCAAGCAAUCUCCUGAUCAAUGAGAACUGUGAUUUAAAGAUUUGCGAUUUCGGUCUGGCUCGAGUACAAGAACCUCAGAUGACCGGUUAUGUCUCGACGAGGUACUAUCGAGCACCAGAGAUCAUGUUGACAUGGCAGAGAUACGGUAAGAUGGUGGAUAUCUGGAGUGCGGGCUGUAUUCUCGCCGAAAUGCUUCGAGGGAGGCCACUAUUCCCAGGGAAGGACCACAUUCACCAGUUCUUCCUGAUCACAGAAGUGCUAGGAAACCCACCUGCAGAGGUGGUUCAGAAAAUAACUAGUGGAAAUACUCAGCGGGUUGUCAAUUCACUACCAAAACAGGAACCACGUCCACUGAAGGCUUUGUUCCACGAAUUCGACAACAAUGUCAUCAGCCUCCUCGAACAGCUGCUCUUGUUUGAUCCAGACAAGAGACUAACAGCUGAGACCGCUUUGCAACACCCCUAUCUCGCUCCUUACCAUGAUCCCGACGACGAGCCUGCAGCUCUAGAAAAAUUCGACUGGUCGUUCAAUGACGCCGAUCUUCCUUCAGAGACAUGGAAACUUAUGAUGUGUGUUGUCAUUAGUUCCGCAAAGUGUGCAAUUAACUGAGAAUCUGCAGAUACUCCGAAGUCCUCGAUUACCACAGCCUCGGUUCGGCUGGGGUACUUGGUCUAGGACCGGGGAUAGAGGAACCAACAUACGACCCAACCUUCGACUUUCUCCAGGCGGAUAUAUGAACUUCAUCGAGAAUUGAGAACACACGCAAUGAUCUACACUCGCCACUCAAUACAGGAAAUGAGGCCAAAGGGAUA